AUGUCCAGUGAAGGGUAACAGGAGAGGCAGCUGCUGAUUGAUUUGAACACAAACUAUCCUGAUGUGUUGGUAGUUAUUGGGAAAACACUUUUGGGAAAGAGUUCUAGAAAGAAGUCUAGCAAUCAGAAAACAGAAAAAGUCUUUUCCAUAGCAGUGUGUGCAUUGCUGAAUUCAGGAGGAGGAAUAUUAAGAAUGGAGAAUGAGGAAGGAAUUACUUUUUCUGGGAGAUUGGCCAGCAUAUCGGUUUAUCCUAUGACUUCCAGAGAAGUUCCUGAAUUCCUGAGGAAGAAAAACUGUGCCAAGUGCCACAAUGAGAAUGGACUGACCCCCAAGACAGCUCAGUUGAGUUUUGAUGGGGGAGCAAAAGAGACUCUUCUGAACAUCCAAGAGCACGACAUCCAAAAUGCUGUGGUGAGAUUCUUUAUAAAGAAAGAUGAAGUGCUGGUUGGGAAGGUCCUGGGUUUCACAGAGGCAACACAUAUUGAAUUUAAGGAAUGCAGUACAAAGAGUAGCUUUAAUAUAUCAGAAAAAAACCUUCCUAAAUGCGUCUCUGCCUUUGCAAACACUGAGGGUGGAUAUUUAUUUUUUGGUGUGGAUGAAAACGGUAAAGUCACUGGGACCGACAGUAACAUAGAGAAAGUAGCCUUAGAACAAACAGUAGCUGAUGCCAUCGGCUCAAUGUGAACCCAUCGCUUCUGUGGCUCUGGGGCUGGUGUACAGAUCCAAAUGCACAUCUUGCGUGUUUAUGACCAAGCAGGCUGUUCACAGGGCUAUGCCUGUGCCAUGCACAUUGAGCCGUCCUGCUGCCCUGUGUUUGAUGAUGACCCUCAAUCCUGGAUGGUGCUGGGCACUGUCAGGGAGGAGAGUGUGGGGGACUGGGCACUGACCAAAAGACUGAGCAUCAGGAAAUGGAGGGAGUUCAUGACAGCUGCAGACCCAGAUAAGUAA